AUGGCGUUCAAUCGCCCUGCUCACAAACGGAAGCUGACUUCUUCGGAUGAUGAUCUUCCUCUUCAAUUUGUACCAUAUUCUGCGUAUAAGGAACUCCACAACCAAGUUGUCGCCCUCACCUCCCUUGUAAACCAGCUGCGCGGAGCAAUAAUUGAAUCGGGACAAAACAAGUUAGCUCUGGAAGUGGCCGAAUCAUGCGAACAACUUUCUGAUAUGUCUCCUCUUGCCGAUCCAAUCUUCCAGCACCAUUUUUCCUCCACCGAUUCUCCUGCACUCGUCGAUCCGCCUUCGAAGUUCCCGCCAGUCACAGCACCUAUUGCUCCGGUCGCCACAAUCAACUCUUUGGACAUUGCUCGCGAAGCUGCCAAGCUUCUCGAUAAAUCUACGCGAGUUGUUAUUGAAAGGAUGCCGGACAUCCAUGACAACCCGAAACAGGAAUCUGAGGAUCUCGACUUCUUCCAGAAAUUAGCCACUGCCAAUCGUCUUCCAGCUCCCAAGAAAGCCCACCGACACCAAUGUUCUUCGAAGUUCCGUCCUCUUAAACUACAAUUCGACUCUUCUACUGACCGGGACAUCUUUCUUCAUGGCUAUCACAAAAUCCGAUCAACUGACAAAUCUCUCCUGGAUAUCGUCACCAAGCCCCGUGCUCGUCGUGAUCUGACUAAACCGGAACUUGAAACUCUCCGCGCCUCACGGAAAUUUUGCUAUGAUCAGAAUAAAAUUGCCGGUGAAUCGAAAUACAUUAUGUCGGACAUCAAUUAUAAACUCAACUUGAAGCCUCGUCCUUUUAUGUAA